AUGUUUGAUGAUAUUGUCCGCGACUGCGAGAAAGCAGAAUCAUGGCCGCUUUGUCCAAGCAUGAAAGAAGGAGUCCAGGCCACCAUCCAUUCCCUCAACCAGAUCAACUCCCAGCUCACAUUGCGACGGGAGAGUCUAUUCAUCACCAAUUUGGCCAAGUUCAGACUUCUUUUACGGGAAGGCUACUCAACACAAAGCCACUGUCAAUCCAAGGAAGUCCGAAGCUUCGAUAUAUUGAAAGAGCAUCUGAACCGGCAUAUUGACAAGGGAAUUAAAGAUCCUAUAGUCCGCUACAUGUUAGUGUCUGAUGAACUCGCGAUCAUAGAUAUGUGUCUGACUUCUGACAGUUUUUUCUCCGCUGGCAAUUCCCGAAAACCACUGAACUGUACUCUGGAGGCAUUCCGCUUCCUUUGCACAUACCUACAAAUCUCACCCGAAUAUGCUGAUACUCUAUUGUCGUUUGGAGAGCCGAGCGGGGACAUCGUCGAGUUUCAUCAACCGUCCAGUCACCAGGAGUACUUUCUACCACCAGUAGCGGAAAGAUUCUUGAAAACGCCUGAGCUGGGACGGUCAGGAUGGGAAUUAAGAAAUAUAUACAAACUUUCGGCCAUGGAGCUAUCCGCAGAUGGCUAUUUCAUGCGCCAACAAGCUGUCCACCAUUCCUUUGACUUCGCCACAGGUAAGUCGUUAUUUAUCAUUACAAAGGCGAAUAAUAAUGCAAUCCGGCGACAAAUUGAGGCAAUAGGGAAGGGGGCUGUUCCAGACUCUACCGCCCGCUCCUUUCUCGAUUCUCUCGAGACCCAGCUUAUAUCAUUCACUUGGUGCGCUGACGGAUGGAAAGAACAUAUUGGAGUCUUGGAGCUAAAGAUACGCCAAAUUUCAAAGCGAAUACACAAUAUCUCCAUGUCCUCCGAAGACGAGCACAUGAAUUUUGAUCAUGGCGGCCAAUGGGCCAGCUCAGCGAAUAGUAAUUCUCCCUGGGAGAAUCAAGAUGGAGCGGGGCCACGACUUAAGUCGUUCAAACGCAUUAGCUCGGUCCUCUCUGACAACUUUCGUUGGAUUAACUCUGAAAGGAGGCUUGGCACUUCAUCAACUCUAGUAGUUGAACCUAAGAAGAUGAAAACUACGUCAGAGAGGCUACAAGAAAACACCGAGACGAUUCAGAAUUCGAUUAAGAGGAUCAAGAUAUUAGAAGAAUUCCCCUUCAGUGGGCUCCAAAAGCUGACUUCAGCCUGCCAAAAUCUUCAAGAGGCCAAACUUGUCAUGGGGCUAAACAUAGGGGUGCUGGUUGACAUUCGUGAGUUUUAUGAGGAUUUAUUUGAAGCUCUUGAAUUCCCGCCAGGCAUUAAAAAAUACCAUGCCACCGAACUGCAAACCUUUUUGAGGAGAAUGAGAGCCUCUGAAAAAAAGCUCUCGACCCAGUGUACGAGAGUGGAUGCACUGAUCAAUAUCACGAACGAUGGGAAGAAUUUGUAUAACUCAAUCCAACAGCGCCAAAGCGCAGAAACGAGUACUUUAUUCGCUAUGGAUGCCCUUGGAACCUCGAUAAGAAUGGAAAGCUCCACGAAACGGAUGGAAGACAUCGCCCAGAGCACAGAACGCGAUACCGCUUCUAUGCACGUGAUCACCUUUUUCGCCUUGGUUUUUCUCCCUGGCACCUUUCUUGGGAGCUUCUUUAGUACCCCAAUAUUUGAUACCACUUCAAAGGAGAGCCCUUGGGAAAUGAAUUGGGGGCUCCUUUGGCUCUUUUUGAAAAUAUGCUUCCCCAUGAUGGUCAUCACCAUUCUUCUGUGGGGCAUCUAUGUAUACGUGGCCAAAUUCCGACGGCUGCAGCGGCAGCGGGCACGAGAAGCACAGCUGUGCUAG